AUGUCUGCGCAGGUGGCUGCCCCGCAAGGCAACACGGGAUUCCGUGCGUUUAAGAAUGCAGACAAGCCCGACGAGGUGCGUCGCUCGAACAUGUCGGCCGCCAAGGCGGUGAGCGAUGCGGUGCGCACCUCGCUCGGUCCCAAGGGUAUGGACAAGAUGAUUCAGACGUCGUCCGGCGAAGUCGUCAUUACCAACGACGGCGCAACGAUUCUGCGGCAUAUGGCGGUGGUGCACCCUGCGGCGCGUAUGCUGGUUGAUUUGUCGCUCGCGCAGGACGUCGAGGCUGGCGACGGCACGACCUCGGUCGUGGUGCUCGCCGGCUCGCUGCUCGGUGCCGCCGAGCGCCUGCUGGCCAAAGGCAUCCACCCCACCAUCAUUGCCGAGUCGUUCCAGAGUGCGUCGACGCGUGCGGUCGAGUUCCUGUCGGACAUUGCUAUGCCGGUGGACUUGAGCGACCGCGAGAGCCUGCUGCGUGCCGCCACGACCUCGCUCAACUCCAAGGUCGUGUCGCAGUACUCGUCGGUGCUUGCGCCGAUUGCCGUGGACGCGGUCCUGCGCCUCGUGGAUGCGGGCUCGCUCAGUGCGCCCUCGUCCAAGACCGGCGCGGUGACUGCGACGGGCGGCGACAUGAUCGAUCUGCGCGACAUUCGGCUCGUCAAAAAGGUCGGUGGCACGAUCGACGACACGGAGCUCGUCGACGGCCUCGUGCUGGAGCAGAACGCAGUGACCUCGAGCGGCGGCCCCGCGCGCGUGGAAAAGGCCAAGAUUGCCGUGUGCCAGUUCCAGCUCUCGUCGCCCAAGCCCGACAUGGACAACCAGAUUGUGGUGAACGACUACCGGCAAAUGGACAAGAUUCUGAAGGAGGAGCGCCAGUACCUGCUCAACAUGUGCAAAAAGAUCAAAAAGUCCGGCUGCAAUGUCUUGCUGAUGCAAAAGAGCAUCCUGCGCGACGCGGUGAACGAACUGGCGCUGCACUUCCUCGCCAAGCUCAAGAUUAUGGUGGUCAAGGACAUUGAGCGCGACGAGAUCGAGUUUAUCUGCAAGUCGCUCGGUGCGACGCCGAUCGCCGACAUCGACUCCUUCACCGAGGACAAGCUCGCCUCGGCAGAGCUCGUCGACGAGGUGUCGCACAGCGGCGCGCGUGUCGUCAAGGUGACCAAGAUCAAGAACCCCGGCCGCACGGUGAGCGUGCUGUGCACCGGAUCCAACUCGCUCGUUCUGGAAGAGAGCGAGCGCAGUCUCCACGACGCGCUGUGUGUCGUGCGCUGCCUCGUCAAGAAGCGCUUCCUGGUCGCGGGCGGUGGCGCGCCCGAGGUGCACAUGUCGCGCAUGCUCGCGCAGUGUGCGCAGACGCUGCCCACGCUCGAGGCCUACUCCUACCAGGCCUUUUCCGAAGCGCUCGAGAUUAUUCCCACGACCCUCGCCGAGAACGCGGGCCUGAACCCGAUCACGAUCGUGACGGAGCUGCGCAACCGCCACGCUCUGGGCGAGAAGACGGCGGGUAUCAACGUGCGCAAGGGUACGAUCACCAACAUCCUCGAAGAAAACGUCCUCCAGCCUCUGCUGGUGUCGACGAGCGCGUUGGAGCUCGCGACAGAGACCGUCUCGCUCCUGCUCCGGAUCGACGACUACCAUCUCUCGCGCUAG